GCCAAAACCCGCCAAACUAAAAUGGCUUCUGCCAGCUCCAGCAAACAUGUAUUAAUUACAGGUCCUCCAGGGAUUGGUAAGACAACACUGGUUCAAUCAAUAUGUCAGGGUCUAAGAAAAGAAGGAAUCAAAAUGUCUGGUUUCUAUACUCAAGAGUUACGCCAACAUCAUGAUCACAGAAGAGGAGGAGGAGGAGGUAGGGUUGGGUUUGAUGUUGUCACGUUGGAUGGACACAGAUCACCUUUAGCAAGAUUAAAGAAUAACGGGUCACACGAUGCAGCUGCUCCAGUUGUAGGACGUUACACUGUAGAUGUUUCAUCAUUUGAGAAAUGUGUCCUGCCGAUUGUGAACGACUCAUUUUCAACAAAACAAGUUUUAGUAUUGGACGAGAUUGGGAAAAUGGAGCUGUUUAGUAAACCGUUUUCGACAGCAAUCAAGAGAGUUUUUGAUCAAAAGGAUCUUGUUGUUCUGGCAACAGUGCCUCUGUCUAAGGGACGUGGUUUAGCAGUUGUUGAGGAAAUUAAAAGGAGACAAGACUGUUCCUUAAUAGAGGUCACUGAGUUCAAUCGGGACUCUCUCAGUGAAAGUAUAACAAAACAAUUAAUGGACGCGAUUAAAAUUAUUUAAAACUCAAAAAGUUAUUUCAUCUGAUUUUUCAUUAAUGAAAACGGUAGCCAAA